AUGCCUUGGUCCAUCCUCAAAGAUGCACUCAUUGCAGUUGGCAUUCUCAAGUCUGACAACGAGCCAACGCCUCUCACGAGUUUGUUCAGCAAUCUCCCGAGCUAUCAUCGAAUUUUAAUCGCUGGUCUCCACGACACCGGAAAGUCAACUCUCCUCCAAAAGCAUCUCGCACCCAAUGACAUCGGUUUAAGCCGGUCUAUUGGAUUCCACAAGAUGGAAAUGGCAUUCUUCAACCGAGCAGACGGAGUCGUUUGGGUAGACGCUGAAGCUGUACAAAAAAUGGAAAGUUUCUUCUUUGAUCAAGAGUCACUUGCACUCGACACUCGACAACGGGCAGUUUUCGGCACCAACAUACUCACGGGAGAUGGUUUGCCGGAAGCUUUUAAAUGGCUCAGCGAAAUGAUUGCAAGUCAAACCAAGGACGAUACGGAGAUCGCCUAUUCAAAGUUUUUCGACGAGAUUCAGAAGGAUAUCAGGUAUUGGUUGAUCGUCGACUGGCCGAGAGCUCAUGAGUGGAAACCGGCAUGGGGAUCUCCAUCGCUAGAAAAGCUGGAAAUGGAACAAAAUGGCACGCUGAAGGGUCCCAAGGUGUAUAUUCCCAACCCAGGCUUCGAGCUAAAUAUGGGAAAGCCUUGGAAGAUAGUCGGGAAAGGCGUCGAGGUGGUGAGAAACGUCUCUCUUUCUCGCAAAGGAAAAAACUCACUCCUUUUCACACUCAAGGAUGGAAUUGAACCACCCGAGGUCUACUCUGUACAUCUCAAAAGCCUCAAAGCUCAUCAGGUCUAUUAUGUCACAUUCCAUUACCGCGUUGUCGACCUCAAAUACGUUCCAGAAAAUGACCCUUGUUUCAUUGGCAUUACGUUGGGAGACAUGGUUAUGAUAUAUCCCAUAUUCGCCAAAAGGGCCCAAAGUGCGCACCAACUGCUUUACGAACAACGGCGCUAUAAACGCGUGACAGUCCCCAUGUACUCUUGGGUAGGUGUUUCUCCUCUCUCUAUCACGGUAUUCUGUGGCCUAGACUUUGGCAAUGGGGCUUUGGCCAAGGUGUCAAUCGAUGACAUACGUCUCGAGAAGGGCGAGGGGAGAGUUUCGGACUGGGCAUUUGAUCUGCCCAGGCCAGAAUAUCGAUAUUACUGGCGCGAUACGUAUGUUGCCAACUUCGAAAAUGAAGAUGCCAGGUGGUACGUAACUAGCCACUUUGGAGGUAUCCCUGUCAACUGCAGACAGAUGGAUUUGGAUGGGUGGGAUUGCCUUGUUGCGGGUGGCGACUAUCGACGUCAAGAUCUUUGGGAUGAGGGCGUCCGUGACUAUUGGCCAAUUGAAGACCAGCCAUCACGCGGGGUCUCGGAGAUGGGCUAA